UUAAAUCCUAACCGUCCUUGUCACAAGAAAACACACAUUCCGUCCAUUUCCUAACCGCAAGAUUCAGGUUUUGAGAAACACACGGAUAGGGAAUCUGGACCGUCCAGUUCUAUCAACCGAUGCAUUCCUCAAUCUUAUAAAUCUCCUUCGAUCUGUUAACAGAUGAAACUUUCGCAUUUGUCCGUCUCUAUCUUAUAGGCCUGUUCUUCGUAUCCUUCCGAGAUGGCUCGUACGAAACAAACUGCUCGUAAGUCAACUGGAGGAAAGGCUCCAAGGAAGCAACUUGCAACCAAGGCUGCCAGGAAGUCUGCACCAACAACAGGCGGAGUGAAGAAACCCCACAGAUAUCGCCCUGGUACUGUUGCACUUCGUGAAAUCCGAAAGUACCAGAAGAGUACUGAACUCCUGAUCAGGAAGCUUCCUUUCCAGAGGCUUGUCAGGGAGAUUGCCCAAGAUUUCAAGACUGAUCUACGUUUCCAAAGUCAUGCGGUCCUUGCCCUCCAGGAGGCUGCAGAGGCGUACCUGGUAGGUCUGUUUGAGGACACUAACCUGUGUGCCAUUCAUGCCAAGCGUGUGACCAUAAUGCCCAAGGACAUCCAGCUUGCUAGGAGGAUUAGGGGUGAACGUGCUUAAACAAUGAUCUUUAUCUCUAUGCUGUAUUAACUGUUGUCUGUCUCUUCUAUUCUAGAUUUUAGUAGCUGCUGAAGCUUUUAGUAGCUUUGCUGUAUGCCCAGCUGUUAUGCUUCGGCGGUGUGUUGAUGCAAAAGAUUAUUUUGUGAACUAUAAUGUGUAAUGUUUUUUGUCACACCCCUGGUGUUGAACAACUUUUAAUGUUGCUCAGUGAUUAUGUUAUUUAGUUUGUGACGGUCGACAACUUGAGAACACAUUAGCAUAUGGUUUUGCUUAGGCAUGGACUGGGCCGGGCUCUGGGCUUGUCCCUGGGCUUCUUCA